AUGCCGCCCAGAAAAGCUCAGAACAAGCGCCCGGCCGCCGACGCCGAAGAUAACCAGCCCGCGUCUAAGAGCGCGAGGACCGGCAAUGCAGAGGAGCAAGGCGAAUGCUCUCAAGGCCCUCGAGGCUCUCGCCAGCGUCGCAUCCCAAAAGGUCCUAAAGGAGAAUCCAUGAUGCCUCAAUUCAUACCCUCUGAAUGCGUAGAGGCAAAAGUCAUUGAGAACUUACCCAUGCCCUCGCGUUGGGUCGCUGCAGUUGACGCGAUUCCUGAUCGUUCCAUGACUUUGAACAGUCGCAAGUGGUGGGAGGAUCACGGUCCUUGGCUUGAAGCUCAUAAGGCGGGUCUCAAGCUGCCUGCUGCGAAGUGGAAGAUGAGAGAGGAAGCCAUGAAGCAGAAUGGCACUGUUCCUGACGACGAGGGGAAUGAUGACUGGGAUUUUAUCUGCUUGCCUAUUCCUAGCUCGGAACGAAAAGAGGAGGAUGAAGAGUCGGUCGAUUCGAGCUUGGUAGACGAGGAGGAAGAGAGUGGAAAGAAGGACAAGGAAGGUGAGAAGGAUGGAGAGGAGGAGGGAGAAGACAAGAAGCCUUAUGGCAAGCUUGCAUCGCUUCAUCCUGACUGGCCUUGGUACUUUACAAUGCGCGCCCAUGAUCGCUUGACUUGGUGGCAGGUUGAAGCUCUCAAGCGCGAUCAGGAUGACUUUGAUCUGCACAUUUACAACGACUUCACUGCUUACGGCAUGCAUGAGCUCAUGGAGAACAUUUUCCUUCAGUUCAACUCUGUCUUCAAGGCCAAGGCAAGCUAUCGUGACUUCUGGCCUGAAGUUGAGGGUCUAGCUCUGAUUCUUCGCAGUGUGUGUGAUGAUCCAGCAAAGUGCGAAGCCAUCAGCGAAAUGGUCGGCUAUCUGACCCUCGCUACCAUCGACGCACUCAAGAAGCAAGACGUCUUCAAGCCCGACUCCGAAAUUAAGAACCUCGGUCUCGUCCUCUUCAUGCUCGUCCGCUGGGGUCGCGAACAGAUCGAUUGCGAGUUCUCCGAGGAGUGCUGCUCGUGGAUCUACAAGGUUAUCGACCUUGCGGAAGAAGCCGACAUUGAACUCACCGCUCCUCAUGACUUUGACAAGCACUAUGAUGAAAUUAUUGAUAAUCGCGAGAAGAGGGCCAAGGAUAUGAAGAGAUGUAAUAAUGUCAACUGGGGAACCAAGCUCAAGGCAUACGGCAACAAACAUGGCGAUGGUCCAACACGUAUCGGUGGACAGCAUUAUGAUAUCACCGAGAUGCCCAAGGCACAGCGAGACAGGCACUCUUUUAAGCCUGAUGGCGGGUGGGAUAUCAUGAUCUGA